CUUUUUAUUCACAUUUUACGUUUCCUACUCCACGUUUCUCUCUUAAACAUCCAAACCAAAGCAGAGACAAGAACUUCUCCAAUAUGGCCAACUCCAACAGAUUGUUUGGCGUUGUGCGGAGGAGCCAUCUCCGGCGAUCUCCCAGCAGAAUCAUCACUACUCGCUCAUCAAUCCCAGACACCACUAGGGACCACACUGCCGCCAUUAAAAUCCAAGCUUUCUUUGUUGACCAUUGCAAUGCAAGUGUCGUAGGGAAGGAUAGC